AUGAGCCCAAAAGCUUUGUCACGUCUGCCGGAGUUGCUGCCUAGCAAGCUGUCGCCGGCACAGAAGAAGCUUUAUGAUCAGAUUGCAGCGGGUGCCAAAGACUCCUCGGGCAGGCCGCUGAAGACGCGCGUGAACGAAGAGACCGGAGGGCUCUUGGGGCCCUUCAACGCCUUCUUGCGCCGCUUCCAGUUCAAUUGGUCGAACGUGCGGGCUCCCCUCAGUUGGGUGCAGAUGUGGCGCUUCUGGCGGAGCACCUACGCUUCGGAGAGUUGGAGUGCAGCCAGCGCCUCCUGGAGAUGCUUGGCGAUGUGUUCGCCCAACGUCGAAGCCGUGAGAGAUGAAGGGCGUGCGGCUUGGUUGUGUCGAUGCAGCGUAGGCGGAGCAGUCACUGCCAACCCACCCUGUGACCACCCAGCUGUCCCCGCAGCUGUCCCCGCCCGUCUGGGCGAGCUGUCCGAGUGCGCCAUGGCGAAGUCAGCCAUGUCGACGACGCCCUCGGUUCUGGCAGCCAUGUCCUACGGGGCCAUUGUUGAUGUGAAGGACAAGAACAGCCUUUAUGUCAGCAAUCUGAGUGUCAAUGUCACUGAGAACUCGCUGCGGGAGGUCUUCCGCGCCUGCGGCCAGCUGAAUGAGGUGAUUUUCCGCACCUAUCCGGGGUCUCUGAAGUGGUACGCGCAGUUGAACUUCCAAAGUGCAGAUGGCGUGGUGCAAGCCAGCAAGAUGGAAGGCACGCCGAUCUGUGGCACCGCCCUCCGCUGCAGUGCCAUCGACCCCACCAGCAUGGCGGCCCAUGAGGUUUUAGCCCGUGAGCAGGCCAAAGAGGAAGCGGCGACCAAGGCACAGGAGGAGACUGAUGCUGCCAGGCAAGAGUGGCACAAGAAACUGAGGGAGCAUGCUGAGGCUCGGAAGCUGCGUACGGUGCACAUCGACGGCUUGCCGAGCAACACCACGCUGCAGGACCUCCAACGCUUGGGGGAGCAGUUCGGGACAGUGGAGCAGCUGCGCCUCGACCGGGAUGCCAAAGGUGCAGCCUUCGGCCUGGUGCAAUUCAAGGAGCUGGGCAUCGCUCGCGGCUGCUGCCUUCGGCGGACCUUCUUGGUGGACGACCAUGUGGUGGUCUUCUCUGAGUCCAAGUCGGAGGUGAACUCCAUGGACAUCGAAGAGGCCACGGUGGAGUUCCGGCACCCCUGCAUCGACCGGGCGCUGGCCAGCAGCGCCGGUGGAGAGCAGAGCGCACAGGGGAAAUUCUGGGAAGAGCUUGCAGAGAAGCGACGCCAGCUCUACAACACCAAGCUGGAGAUGGUCCGACAGAACGCAGAGGAAAUCCUGGGACCAGGCAUAGCAGCUUCACCACCUCCAUCGCCGCCCGAGGAGGACGACUUCUACGCGUGGGCGAAGCAGGCGGCCGCCUUUGCCGAGGACGUGCUGGGCGCGGUGCACGGCGAAGACGAGAAGCCCGAGGAGCGAGAAGAGGAACCAGAGGAGAAAGGUCCUGUGGACUUGGAGGAGCAUCCUGACAUCGUUCCAGGCACCGAGCUGGCCGUUCUCAACGACUCCUCGGAGGAGGAGAUCUCGGAGGACGACGAGGGCGACGCCGUGGACGUCAUCGGCGGCGCCUUCGCCGACGGCCCCCGAGCCCGGCGGCAGCGGCGGGCCGCGCUGCGAGCACAGCGAGCGCCACGCAGGCCAAAACCGCCGGCGGCCCCGCCGCCGACUCCUGCGCAGUGGGCCGCCCAGCGGCAAUCGGCGCUGGAGCGGCUGCAGGCCUCGCCCGCGCAGUGGGCCGCAGCACGGCAGCGGGCUUUGGAUCGCCUCAAAGCCAAGCGUUCGUCCACGGCUGUGCUGGUGCGACCUGGACCAGGACGAGGAAGACAAAACGCCGUGGAGCUGCUCGAGGAGAUCCAGGUAGACCUGGACGGUGAGCUUGCUCCUGAGGACUUGACGGAGCCCAAACGGGCCAGACGCGCAAAAGGGGAGGACCAGAUGGGAGCAGCUGGAGGUGGAUUGGAUGGGAGGACCAGAAGAGACGAUCCGGAUUGCUACGACGGUAUGAAAUAG